AUGACAAUUUACGUAUUAUUACUAAUUUUAUCAACAUUAUCAGUUGCUGGAGCAAUUCAAUGUUAUUCAGGAAGUCAUCUGCAGAUUACUGAAUGUCCGGGUAUCAAUUGCAUUAAGCAUUCACUUGGUUUCGACACGGCAAGGUACUGUGAUGGUACUGGUGGAUCAUCAAUCUGUCAAACAUAUCGUAUAUUUGAGGCAUGUGAUACAAUUCCCAACUUGGGUCACAUAUGUUGCUGUUCUAGUAACCUCUGUAAUUCUGUUCAAUCUAUUUUCAUGUCCAAACUUCUUUUAUUGGCAUUGCCUCUUUUAUUUCUGAAAAUAAUAUUGUGA